UGUAGAGGACAAGGAGCAGAGAGACUGAACUUCUUCAGCAGGGACUCUAUCAGAUUUCUGCAUAAAAGUCAACUGUGUUUCUCUUAGUGAUAUUCGGAUUGAGAGCCACCCGUUACUCGGACUUGUGAGGGAGUCUGCAUCGAGAGCAAUGGGUGAUCUUGUGCACGCUCUACUUUGCACCCUGGUUCUUCUUUUAAAUGGAGUCACCGCCUCUGAAGAGCCCCUCAGUGCCGUGCACGGCGGGGAUGUUAUCCUCAACUGCAGCUUCACCCUCAGCGGAGGUCGCAAAGAUCUGCGUCUGCAGUGGGUGAAGGAGCGCGAUGGGCAGACAGAGACCGUGCUGGCAUACUGCGGUGGCGGGGUGCAGAAGAGCGAGGCCAGCGCCUCCUACAGGGAUCGAGUCUAUUUCUAUCCAGAGGAGCUGACCCGGGGCAGCGCCCCCUUGUGGCUUCACGAUGUUGAGCUCUCUGAUCAGGGCAAAUACACUUGCUAUGUGGAGGACAGAAGAGUCGGGGACUCGGAACAGAUGACAGUUCAUGUGGAGGUGAAAGAUGCAGAAACGAAACUGGAAGCACAUACCAACAUUUCCUUUUCUGGAGCCGAUCAAAGUGAAUCACAAAGCAUCCUUCCUUACGCUAUUGGAGUGGUAGUGUGCUUGGCUACAGUCGCCAUCAUUGUGAAGAUACUAGUUAAACUUCAAAAUGAACCAUCCCCUCCUGGAGAGGUAAAGAUAGACUCAGUGGAAAUCAACUCUGUUUCUCUGAGCUGGGGCUUUCCUGACAAUAUGGAGGGGAUGCCACACAGCUUUCACAUUACCUACUCUAGCUCUGAUAAGAGUGACCAAGACUCCAUCACUGCAGUCUCCAAUUCCACUGUCAUCUCUGAGCUGAGACCUGGGAGAGAGUACAGCUUCACAGUCACCACAGUGCUAGAGAAUGGGACCCAGAGCACGUCUGUUUCAAAAUCUGUCCGCACAAAACCAUCCCCUCCUGGAGAGGUAAAGAUAGACUCAGUGGAAAUCAACUCUGUUUCUCUGAGCUGGGGCUUUCCUGACAAUAUGGAUGGGAUGCCACACAGCUUUCACAUUACCUACUCUAGCUCUGAUAAGAGUGACCAAGACUCCAUCACUGCACCCUCCAAUUCCACUGUCAUCUCUAAGCUGAGACCUGGGAGACAGUACAGCUUCACAGUCACCACAGUGCUGGAGAAUGGGACCCAGAGCACACCUGUUUCAAAAUCUGUCCGCACAAAACCGUCCCCUCCUGGAGAGAUAAAGAUAGACUCAGUGGAAAUCGAUUCUGUCUCUCUGAGCUGGAGCAGUCCUGACAAUAUGGAUGGGAUCCCACACAGCUUUUACAUUACCUACUCUAGCUCUGAUAAGAGUCACCAAGACUCCAUCACUGCACCCUCCAAUUCCACUGUCCUCUCUGAGCUGAGACCUGGGAGGGAGUACAGCUUCACAGUCACCACAGAGUUGGAGAAUGGGACCCAGAGCACGCCUGUUUCAAUAUCUGUCUGCACAAAACCGCCCCCUCCUGGAAAGAUAAAGAUAGACUCAGUGGAAAUCAACUCUGUCUCUCUGAGCUGGUGCAGUCCUGACAAUAUGGAUGGAAUCCCACACAGCUUCAAAAUCACCUUUUCAAGCUCUGUCGAGGACAACCCUCUUUCCAUCACUGCACCCUUCAAUUCCACUGUUAUCUCUAAGCUGAGACCUGGGAGAGAGUACAGCUUCACAGUCACCACAGUGCUGAAGAAUGGGACCCAGAGCAAGUCUGUUUCAACAUCUGUCCGCACAAAACCGUCCCCUCCUGGAAAGAUAAAGAUAGACUCAGUGGAAAUCGACUCUGUCUCUCUGAGCUGGAGCAGUCCUGACAAUAUGGAUGGGAUGCCACACAGCUUUUACAUUACCUACUCUAGCUCUGAUAAGAGUCACCAAGACUCCAUCACUGCACCCUCCAAUUCCACUGUCAUCUCUGAGCUGAGACCUGGGAGAGAGUACAGCUUCACAGUCACCACAGAGUUGGAGAAUGGGACCCAGAGCACGCCUGUUUCAAUAUCUGUCUGCACAAGUAAGGCUGCACAAGAAUUCAUAUCGCCGACUCACAGGAUUUGUCUGAGAGACAACAAGUUUCACCGUUAUAGUUUGCCCGUUAGACAAAGUUUUUUUUUUUCUCAUUACGUUCAGUCUGUUGCUAGAAAAACACUGUAG